UCGCGCUGGAGCGGCGGCGGGAGCGGAGCGGGACCGGGAGUCGCGAUAGCGCCGCGAUAGCGCCGCGAUAGCCGCGCUCGGGAUUAUUGCUCGUGGAGUUUGCCUCCUUCUCCUGCGGAUUACAAUUGCACCAUGACCCUGGAGGAGCUGGUGCCUUGCGACAGCAGCAAGAUGCAGGCGGUGAGCGAGGCGGUGGAGCGGGUGCUGGUGGCGGCGCAGCGGCAGGACCGCCUCACCGUGGGGGUCUACGAGUCGGCCAAGCUGAUGAAUGUGGACCCCGACAGCGUGGUGCUGUGCGUGCUGGCCACCGACGAGGAGGACGAAGGUGACAUCGCGCUGCAGAUCCACUUCACGCUCAUCCAGGCGUUCUGCUGCGACAACGACAUCCACAUCCUGCGCGUGUCGGGCAUGCAGCGCCUCGCUGCCAUCCUGGGCGAGCCCGAGCCGGGCUCGGAGCCCCGCGACCUGCACUGCCUGCUGGUCACGAACCCGCACACGGACGCGUGGAAGAGUCAGGGCUUGGCGGAGGUGGCGAGUUACUGCGCCGAGAGCCGCGACAGGAACCAGUGGGUGCCGUUCGUGUGUCUGCAGGAGCGCUGAGCCCCUGCGGCCCCUUCCCGGCUGGACUCGGAGGAUUGAAAACCUUAAAAAAAAAAAAAACAAAACCCAACACAAAACAGCAGGGAAAAAAAAAAAAGAAGGAGGAACAGCCAGUUCCAACCCACAACGCCCAAAACCCACCGAUUUUAUUUUUCUUUUGAACCGGAGAGGAGGAGGAGGAAGGGGGAGCGCGGCUGCUGCGGUGGGAAUGGAGGGGGACACUGGCCGGAGCCCGGCGGGAGCGCUGGAUGGACACUGGCCGGAGCCCGGGUGGACACUGGACACUGGCCGGAGCCCGGGUGGACGCUGGCCGGAGCCGCCGGCCGAGGAGCUGUGCUGGAGCGUGGACCGGAGCGCGGGGAGUGACCCCGGAGCUGGAAACUGUCGCGAUUUUUGGCAGCUGGGACCCGAUGGAGGCGAGGACUGCAGAGGGGUGGAUUUUUAAUUUUUUUUUUUGGUGCAAAAACUGCUUUUUCCAAGGAAUUAUGGACGUCUGCACAGAUGAACUUUUGCUGCUUUUGCACUUGGAGCCCCUGAGCUGAACCUUUUCCAGAGUUUAUUCUUCUACCGAGCGAGGAACUAAAUUUAUUUGCAAUAAAAUGUCUGACGUUCC